CUGGCGGAGGUUUCAGUCUGAAGUGCUGGAUCUGAGGAGCGCUGCUCUCCGCUGUCCUCCCCCGCCUCUCUGUUUCUGUCUGUCGGUUAGAGGAGCCGCACUUUCGCUUCCGCCCCUCCGCAGCAGCCAUGGCUCUUCUGAUGGAGCACCAGUUCAAGCCGCUGCCGGCCGAUAAGCAGGUGGAGACGAGGCCGUUCCUGGAGGCCGUUUCUCACCUGCCGCCUUUCUUCGAUUGCCUCGGCUCCACUGUGUUUGCACCUGUUAAGGCUGACAUUGCUGGCAACAUAACAAAAAUCAAGGCGGUGUACGACAGUAACCCGGGCCGAUUUAAGACCCUGCAGCACAUUCUGGAGGCGGAAAAGGAGAUGCAUGGAGCCGAGUGGCCCAAAGUGGGAGCUACACUCGCCCUCAUGUGGCUCAAGAGGGGUCUGCGGUUCAUUCAGGUCCUCCUGCAGAGUUUAGUGGAUGGAGAGAGGGACGAGAACAACCCCAACUUGAUCAGGGUCAACGUCACCAAGGCCUACGAGAUCGCCCUGAAGAAAUAUCACGGCUGGCUGGUUCAGAAACUCUUUAAAGCGGCGCUGUAUGCGGCUCCGUACAAGUCAGACUUCCUCAAAGCUCUCUCGAAAGGUCGGGAGGUGAAGGAAGAGGACUGUCUGGACAAAGUGCGCCAGUUCCUGGUCAACUACACGGCCACUAUAGACGCCAUCUACGAGAUGUACACCAAGAUGAACGCUGAGCUGGACUACAAAGCGUGAUUACAAUUACAUCACCGUUCCCUCCUACUGACUGCUUCCCAAACUGCUUCUGCUUUCUGAUUGGACGUUAUUCUCCUAAUGGACCAAGCUGCUUCAUACUGGACCUCUGAAUGAUGAGUCAGAGUCCAUAAAAGACUGGGUUUCUUGUUAGGUAUUAUGGUUUAUGGACAGCAGGAGUGCUCUGAUUUUCCGUCUUUAUAAAUCUGCUGUCCUCUACAGGGUCAGUGACGGUCAGCGGUAACUCCUGGAGAGAGUUGUGCACUGCAGGGUCUGCUGUGUUAUGGGGGUUUGUUUCAUAGUCUUUCUCAAAACGAAGAGCAACGAACUGAAUCUAACUAGCAGCGCAACUUAGGGCCGAUACAAGUCACCACCAAAUUAUCAUUUUCAUAUCUAACUGUACCGUUAUAGUACACUGUAGAAAUCUUGAUUUCUUGAGUGAAACUGGAUUUAUUUGCACUGAUUUAUUGAAUCAAUCAGUUUUUUAAUUUUUCUUUAUUCAGUUACCAUCCCUAAAACUUGCUCCCCAAAACCAGAUUUGGUAAGUUAAUGUCUCAGGUCCCAACUUGUAGUACUGCAGUGGAACUUCUUAGGCCAUCCAGCUUUACCAGUGUAGGCACUGGAGUUACUUAGACUCUAUUCCUCCUGUUUUUGGUCUAAAAUAGUCCUAAAGCUCCCAGUUGAGAGGGGUGACCAAUAGUAAAGUAGUACAGAUCUGUUAGCAAUUCUAGGAAUGCACUAAAAAUUAUUAAAGUGAUCAUUCUAGAAAUGUCAGUGUUGUUCUAAAGCUCUCAGUGCAGUUCUAGAAUGAUCGUCUUAGUUCUAGAACUAUCAGUGUAGUUCCAGACUACGAGUGUAGAUCCAGAACUAAUAGCGUAGUUCUAGAAUGUGACUGAAAAUAUUUUAAUAAUAGUAAGCAGUGCACUUCUAGAGCUAUCAGUGAACUUCUAGAACUAUCAUAAUUCUAGACUGAACUAGACUGAUAUUUCAGGAACUACGCUGGUGAUUCUAGAAAUAAGCCAUAAUGCUAGAAGUAGAAUGAAAAUUCUAUGCUUACCACUCUAGAAGUACAGAUAUAAUUCUCAGACUACACUGAUAAUUCUAAAACUACCCUGACAGCUCUAGAACUACACUGAUACACAGACAGUUCUAGAAGUACACUGAUAAUUCGAGGACUAAAACGAUAACUGUAGAACUAUCGAUGUAGUUUUAAAACUGUCAGUGUAGUUCUAGAACGAUACUUAUUUAUUUAACUAACAGUCUAGUUUUAGAAAUAUUAGUGUAGUUCUAGAGCUUUUAGGGUAGUUCUAAAACUGGUGGUGCAGUUCUAGAACUGUCAGUGUAUUUCAAGAACUAUUAGUGUAGUUCCAGACUAUUAGUGUAGUUCCAGAACUACUGGCAUAGUUCUAGAAUGUGACUGAAAAUAUUUUUAUUACUAAUCACAAGCAAUUCUAGAACUACACAGAUAAUUCUAGAACUACACUGAUACUUCUAGAACUAAAUGGUUAAUUCUGGGACCUCACUGAUAAUUCUAGAACUACACUUUUCUUUCUAAAACUGCACAGAUAAUUCUAGAACUACACUGAGGAUUCCAAUGCUGGAUUGAUACUUCUAGAACAGCACAUUCUGACAUUAUUGCAGAUAAUUUUAGAACCUCACUGACAAUUCAAGAACUAUACUGAUAUUUCCAGAACUAGACUGAUUCUAGACAUUUCUUUCUGCAAAGGGCUAAAACUUCAAAAACGUCCAGUGCUUUACGUCUCAGCAUAACAUUUUAUGCUUAAUCGAAUGUACAAAGUUUUUUAAAGCCUUAAUCAGGAGAAACCGUUAUUAUCAUUUUCAUAUGGCUUUAUUUGUCCUGUUUUCACAGUUUUCGGUUAAGAAAUUUCUCCUGAGAUGAUUGGGGGGAGGGGCCUUUUAAAUCCUGCUGUAGAAGCAAUAGAAAGAGCUCACCGGCUCUCGUAUUAAAGUGAUAAUGUGGCAAAGAUGUAGUUUCCCCUCUUGCCCCAAACGUAGCUGAUCAGCCGAGACCUGUUUGGUGUCUGAAGUUUGCACCGGAGCUACCAGGCUAAUGUAGCUUAAAUCCACCAGUUAGCAUGGUGCUAACUGCACGCCUAAGCCAUCACAUACUCGCCUCAAACUGCGUGGAGUUGUUCAGUGAUCUCUAAAUGACUUGACUAUGUGGUUUCUGAUGCUGUAUGACUCACUGCUGUCUAUAAACAUGGACUACAGCAUGUUAGCAUAGCUAAAAACAUUAGCAGCCUGAAUUAUUUCCACUUUUCUAGAUAACAUCAUACAGUGUCAGGAGCCACAUAUAAGCAAGUCAUGCAGUUAGUAGAUGCUAAUUGGUGGGGUGGGGUUCUAUAAGCUUCCAUUACUUGUUAGCUAUUAGCUUCUUAGCUCCAUUGUAAAACUAUAGAAACAAACUUCAGACACCAACAUGCUUUGGCUGAACAACAUUUGGGGCGAAUCUAGGUAAAUUAGAUUUUGCUGAACUAUCGCUUUAAUCGUUCAAAGCAGUUUGUUAGGUGUUUGAAUUCAUCACUUGUAUUGAGUCUUUGUCCUCGUUUACUGUUCAGGGUUUAGAGUUUGUUGUGCCGUCUGAACCAAAGCAUAAAAUCACAUUAACUGUAACUGUUUUAAUUUAUUUGAUAUUAUUGAUUCAGGUACUUUGGUGUCUUUCUUUGGGUGUUGGUUGAUGCAGUUACUUAUGUCGAAUUUCACCUGGAAAUGGUGGCCUUACUAGAGUUUCUAAUCAGUUUGUCUUUGACUGUAAACUGACGAUUGUAAAUAUGUAUUUGAGUGUGUUUGUAUGUGUGGGAAGAUGAUUUUGCGUGAUAUGGGAUUUUUAAGCAUCGCAAUGUGAACAAACAUCUGCACUAAAAUAUUUCUUUAAAUGAUUCGUACAUGUUUUAAGAAUAAAGCUACACCGAUGUGGUUUUCUUACUCCUCA